AUGAGUGGGGGUGAGGGAAGUAAGAAUUCUGAAGUUGAGUGGGAUAACUUAACACCUGACUUGUUGCUCAACGUCUUCGCUAGGCUGACUUUGGAUGAGAUGAUGGAGGGCCCAUUGCAAGUGUGCAAACCAUGGAUAGAAGCUGGAAAGACAACCAAUGUCUUUGACUUCGGAGGUUGCACCGUUCAGAUUCCGGCAGGAGGGGGAGAGUUCGAUUGGGAUGCCAUGGAGGAUAAGAUGGACAAGCUUCUCAAGGCUUAUGUUGAUAGGAGCCAUGGUGGUUUGAAGAUCAUCAAGACCAAGCUUUGCACCGAUGCAUCCAUCUCAUAUGUUGCUCAGAAGUGUCCCGAUCUAGAGGUGCUCUGGCUUACUUCCUGCCCAUGUGUCACUGAUGCUUCCAUGACCAAGAUUGCCACGGGAUGUACAAAGCUGAAAGAACUUCGCAUCCUCAGCUCAUUUCAGAUAACCGAAAGUGCCCUGAAAAUGGUUAAGGACAAUUGCCCAAAUGUGGAGGUUACGAAGAAGUGA